CACGCUGCGCGCUGCCGCUCUGGAGCAGCUCGGCGGCCGUCGCCUUGCACAGCCCACCUUAUUCGGCGCCGAGCGCAAGCUGGAGCAUCCAUGCCGCUGCCGACUUGCCAAUCAGAGCCGUGCUGCAUGCUCCUGAACCAGCAUGGCGCACUCCGAGUCCGCGCUGGCAUGCUGCGGGCGCCGGAGCACCCUGUCCAUAGGGGCUCGGACGGCGGAGUCCGCAGCGCGGCGGCGUGUGUUGUGCGGUGGGCAGCAUGAAGGGGCUGAGCGCGAAUCUCGGUGGGCCCUGCCGUGCGGUCCAGCAUGCGACGGCGUGUGCCGAGCUGCAGCUCGCUCCCCUGCACCUGAGCCUGUUGCUGCUUCCUGCACGCGAUGCUUCCAUGCGAUUGCUCCAGGCUGCUCUCCGUGCUGGCAGGCUGCUCUCCGUGCUGGGGCUGGCGUCGGGGGUCGGCGCGGUGCGGUGCGGCACGGCACGGCGCACAUGCAGCCGAGCCUUGGCCGCUCCCGUGCGUGCAGCGUGCAGCAGCGAAGCACACCUUAGCCCUUGCCUCUCUCUCCGCUGCCGCGCGCACGCAUCUCGCCAGCUGGCGGCAGAGCGCCACAAAGCGGCAGCGCGCAUGCCGCGCGUGCAGGUCGCGUGCACGGCACACGCGGGGCGCAUGCUCCGGCCGUGCUCCGCAGCACCGGGCGAGCGAGAUCUCCAUGCUGCGGAUAGGGCCCAAGCUGCAGGUGCAUGCUCGGCCGGAGCGUUGUUGUGCGCGGAGCAAGGCGCGGCAGGAGAAGGGGUGGCGAGAGAGGGGUUCGCGGACGCCGAGGGGCGCAAAGUGCACUCAAACGGCGUUCUUGCGGCAGGUGGUGCGCCGCUGCCUCCGCGCCGAGGUCGCCGCUGGGCGUGCGCGCCGUGUGCGCGGACAGAAGCCGCUCCUGCGCCAGAAUCUUCGCCUUCUGCGCAGGCCAGGCCGCUGCCGCCCCGGCGGCUCGGGACGAGCACACGCAACGGGCCGCAGCGACCUCGGGCGGCUGCGGCGGUUGCAUGGAAGCAGCGCUGGAUGGCGCGCUGGCAGCGCAGAGCUCAGAGGACAAAGCUUGUCUGCGAUACGCAGCGCAGCACCCGCACCGCGCGUGCGGAGAGGUGUUUGGCGAGCCGAGAUGCCGUGCGCUGGCGAUGUUCAACGAGGCGUGUGACCGUUCCAGAGGCCGCGGUGCUCCAGCGCCGCAGGAUGCGUCUCAGCCGAGAGGCGACCCACACGCCGCACGCAUCCACGCGGGCGCCGCGUGCGCAUGAGCGCUGCAGAUCUCGCGUGCACCGACCCUUGCGAGAGGGGCCGGCGAGGUGGAGCAGGCGUGAGAUGCUCUCGGUGAUCGACAGCGAGCGGCGUGAUGGCGAGGAGCUGCCAUGCGGGACGCGGCGCGGCUGCUCCGGCGCGGCGUGCCUCAUGCGCUGCCGGCGUGCCGCGUCGAGGUUCUGAGACCCGGCUCGGCCUCGCAUCUCCGGGGGCGAUGCCGCGCCCACGCGGCGGCAGGCGAGCAGCGCGCGGCGGCGGCCGAAGCCACUUUCGGCCCAAGCGCGCAGAGUGCAGGCGGAAGCAAGCACGCCGCCUGCCGCACGCUGCGAGCCUGACGGGGGGCGGCGGCGUGGGCGGUGCGCCAAAAACCCUGCCGGCGCGCACACUGCGGCCGAGUGCCUGCGCCUGCGCUCGGUCAGCAGG